UUUCUACGGAGAUGGCCCAAAACGGGCUAGAUAGGGCUUAGGGCUCAGUGCUUCUCCGUAUCAGCUUCCGCAGUUGUUUGGUUCAGGCGGAGCUGAAGAUGGCGGCAUUCUGUUUGUCCUUGAGUCACCCCUCCCUCUUUAGCCCCUCCUUGAUUCCCUCCGUUCCUUUAUGCGUUUCUCCUCUCGUCCCUGCGCUCUUUUCUUUACCUCUGUUUUCAGACAGCGGCCACCCUCGACUACUGCCUUGUUUAUUCUCCCGAGGACCAUGAGUACCUCGCGCCAGCAGCCGCCGUGGCAGCAACCGGCUCUCCCUGCGGAAGCCGGUGCGCGUCUGCCGCCGCUGAAGAUCUACAAUACGUUAACAAGGACAAAGACGCCGUUCAUUCCUUUGGAUCCGGAGGGCAAGAGGGUGACUUGGUAUGCUUGCGGACCGACGGUAUAUGAUGAUGCGCAUUUGGGGCAUGCGCGCAAUUAUGUGAGCACUGAUAUUAUUCGGCGGUUAAUGCGCGACUAUUUCAAGUUCGACGUGAAGUUCGUUAUGAACAUCACGGAUGUGGAUGACAAGAUUAUCCUACGAGGCCGACAGCAGCAUCUGUUCUCUGAGUUCGUCUCUGCACACCCAACUGUCGACGAGGAAGUCCUCCAGACCGCCAGAUCUGCAUACACGGCCUACAUCAAAAAGAACCUCCCGUUGCUCGACCCGCAGCUCUCACCGGAGAAAUACCAGGAAGAAGUGGAGAAGGCAUAUGCAGUCGUGCUCAAUGGUGGUCCCCUACCUGGAAACGAGAAGCCAGGUGACGACGAAGCUAAGGUCAAGAUGCACAUCAAGACUGUUGCAUCCGCGGCCAAGGCUAUUGCGCAGGCCCAGGGCUCGGGAAAGACGGUUCUUGCCGAAAGCUUCUACGACAGCAUUCAAGACGUCCUGCUUCCCUACUUGGAUUCGCUGAAAGGGUCGAUGAUAAACGGAGAAGAUCAUGCAAUAUUCACCAAGCUUACAAAGAAGUACGAAGAAAGGUUUAUGCAGGAUAUGAGAGACUUGAAUGUUUUGGACCCCGACGAGUUGACUCGAGUAACGGAAUACGGCAACGAGAUUGCCAAUUUCGUCGAGAAGAUCGUUCAGAAUAACUUCGGUUACGUGACGGCGGAUGGUUCAGUUUACUUCGACAUCAAUGCCUUUGAGGCUGCGGGUAAUCCCUAUGCUAGGUUGGAGCCUUGGAGCCGCACCGAUAACAAGCUCCUCGCAGAAGGGGAAGGCGCAUUGACUAGCAAGACUACGGAGAAGCGCUCACCUUCCGAUUUUGCUUUGUGGAAGUCUUCUAAACCAGGAGAGCCAAGCUGGCCCAGCCCCUGGGGUAAGGGUCGUCCUGGGUGGCAUAUUGAGUGCUCCGCCAUGGCGUCUGCGAAAUUCGGCAAAAAGAUGGAUAUCCAUUCUGGAGGCAUUGACCUUGCCUUCCCACACCACGACAACGAGAUCGCUCAAAGUGAGGCCUUCUGGUCGUGCGAAGACCAUUCGCAUGAGCAAUGGGUGAACUACUUCCUCCACAUGGGUCAUCUGUCGAUUCAAGGAAGCAAGAUGAGUAAGAGUUUGAAGAACUUCACCACAAUCCGUGAAGCACUAGAACAGAAAGCUUGGACCCCAAGGAGUCUGCGCAUUGUGUUCUUGCUAGGCGGUUGGAGGGAAGGCAUUGAGAUUACGGAGGACCUUAUCAAUGCUGGAAACGCAUGGGAGGACAAGGUGAACAACUUUUUCCUGAAGGUGAAGGACCCAUCUGCUCUUGAGGAAUCUGGCUCCGCCACAGACGAGACUCUCGCUGCCGCUCUCGAGUCUACCAAGGCCACUGUUCGCGAACAUCUGUGCGAUUCGUUUAACACUCCUGGAGCCAUGUAUGCCAUCUCGGAGCUCAUUACGAAGUACAAUAGCGCAGACAAGGAGACAUUGAAGGCUAAGGAUGUGGAAGCUGUUGCGCGCUGGAUCACUUCCAUGGUGAAUACCUUUGGUCUCAAUGGUACUGCUUCACCGGACAGUGCGGAGAUCGGCUGGUCUGGGAUUGAUGUUCCAGAAGAAGCGAAGCCUUAUCUCUAUCCCCUUUCUGAGAUGCGCGACACCCUCCGUCAGGCCGCGAAGGCAAAGACCGGACUAACCCCUGAGAAGAUACAGGAGAUAGUGUCGCGUGGGUCGGUGACAGAACAAGAGGUCCCUGAAAAUGCUAAGCCUUAUGCUACUGUUUUGUCUGAGUUCAAGACGAAAGUGUCUUCUCUUGAGCAGUCUAGUAAUAUCGAGAAGGAAAUCUUAAGCCUCUGCGAUCGUGUGCGAGAUGUUGACCUCUUCGAUCUUGGCAUUUACCUGGAGGAUCGCGACAACAAGCCAGCAUUGGUCCGCCCUGUCAGCAAGGAGCUCAUUCAAGCUCGCGAGGAAAAGGCCGCGCGGGCUCGCCAGAAGCAGCUCGAAAAGGAGAAGAAGGAAAGAGAAGCGCGUGAAAAGUUGGAGAAAGGCAAGCUGAGUCACCUGGAGAUGUUCCGAACAAAUGAAUACAGCGCGUGGGAUGCAGAGGGUAUCCCAACCCAUGACGCAGCCGGCGAGGAGAUUAACAAGAGCCGUGCUAAGAAGCUGCGGAAAGAUUGGGAACGACAGAAGAAGGCGCAUGAGGCUUGGUUAGCGAGUGCGCAGGGCGCAAAAUAGAUACCUACCGGCAGGCUUGUGCCUCAGCCGUGGCAUGUUUACUGUCUUGUAUGAUUUCGAUCGUUGCAUUUCAGGCGUUAUACGGAGACUCGAUCUCGAACCAUAAAAAAGAUACGUUGUUUUUCCACCUCGCUAUUCGCACAUGUGGCGUCGUCUGUAGAUGUUACAUUUUCAGGUUAUGAGUAAUGUCAAAUACCUAAAGACAAGUGACCAUAGUUUCCUUCCUCUAGCGCUUAUGCUGAACGCCUUAUCAAUUAUAAUUACAAGGAUGGAAAGGACCGAAUCCUCUUCCGGUCUCUGAUACUUCCGCAUCGAUUGG